AUGACUCCUCGAAAGCCUCGCCAGCGCCAAAAUCACCCCGGACCUUCUCAGCUACAUCAAGUUCAAGCUUCCGACUAUGACACCGAAACACCAAUCCUAGGUCCCGCACCUCCUACUCGCACUAACGACGAACUCAAUCUCACAGUCCUCAGACGAUACCAUCCCUCAAUCCAAAAAAUCUCGUCGCUUGCUGCAUCUGCCACUAUGUAUAUGUUCUCUCUGGAAUCAAAGACAUGGGAGAAACUUCCGAUCGAGGGCACAUUAUUUGUAUGCGAGCUUUUGCCCUCACCAACAACUGGCACCGAAGAUUACUGUAUAGUGGUACUCAAUCGCAAGGGUCUCAACAAUGUCAUACACAACUUUAGGGAAAUGAACAACGUGGAGAUUAACGGCGAGUAUCUAUAUUGGACGGUUAAAAAUACAGAGGCGACUGAAGGUAUUCCGGUAGCCAAGGCCUUUGGUUUGUUCAUUCACGACGAUGAGACGGGUACAAGAGAUGUGAAUCAAACAGAAAUUCUCAAUAGAUGGAGAAAGACGCAUGCCACCAUGAACGAAGUGCAAGCGCUUGAGAACAAGUUAGAGAACUAUGGAGAUAAGGGAUUCGCGGGACCUUGCGAAGCUGAGAAUACAUUUCCUAGCCAAAUUCAGACCCAGUCUGAAGUACAGGGAGGCAGAAGAUUAAGUAUAACAGAUUUGUUUGGUGGCCGUUGA